AACAUUGUAUGAUCGUCGCAAAUUCAACUCGGACGAGUUCUCGCUUGCUCACCGUCAUGUCACCCAUUCCUUUGAUACCGUUGAUUAUCGCUACUCUGCUCAGUGUGCAUGGAUUGCGUUCGCGGUCACUCUCUUUCUCCGGUGCGGUGACCGCCUUCGUAGUUGGCUUCAGCAUUCUUGCAGUGCCUGUGCGUACCAUUGGGAUCACUCUCAUCGUGUUCUACUUGAUCGGGUCCAGAGCCACCAAGUACGGCAAGAAGCGAAAAGCUCAGCUUGAAGAUGACUAUCAAGACGCUGGCUACCGAUCUGGCGCACAAGUUCUCUGCAACUCAUUCACCGCGUUUCUUGCGAGUGGAAUAUGGUGUCUUGCCUUUGCGCCUGACACUUUCCCAUGGAGUCUAGUUAACUCUUACAUUGAUUCAGGCUCGGUAUUGGUUAAUAUUGUGCCUUACCAAGAUGGUCAAUGGUGCCCAAUGGACGCAACAGUAUCAAGUGGAUGGAGUCGCGCACUGAUGUUUGUGUCACUUGGCCACUUUGCCUGCUGCCUGGGAGAUACUCUCGCAUCAGAGCUCGGUAUCCUCUCUUCCCGCCCGCCAAUCCUUAUCACGACGCUAAAAACUGUUCCACCCGGUACAAACGGCGGCGUCUCACUCGGUGGGACGCUUGCCAGCUUAUUUGGCGGUUUUUCCAUGGGUGUAACAAUGUUCAUUUCACUCAUUGUAGAGAAUGCACACUGCAGAAGCAGUUGGUCGACUAUUCUCCCGUCACUCGUAUUCUGGGGUAGUGUAGCAGGUGUUUGCGGAAGCUUGCUGGAUUCGUUCCUCGGAGCUACCCUACAGCGCACACGCUACUCAGUCGACAAAAAGCUCAUUCUUACUGGUCAUUCCGUGCUACCUGAUCGCGGGCGGAGAGAUACUGUGAAAGUUAUCAGUGGACUCAAUUUAUUGACAAACAAUCAGGUCAACUUGCUGUCAUCGAUAGGGACUGCGCUCGUUGUUGCAAGAUUUGCCUCAACGUCAGAGACAUGAACACCCCCUGCUUCAUUUGUAAACACUAUCUAAUCAUAGAUGCAUACCCUACCGUGUAAUUUCCCUCUUGACAGGAAGCUACUAAGAUUAUUCGAGUCAGCCUUCUGUAUGCAGCGACAUUGGCUCUAAGAUGUGACUGGCCGCA